AUGAGCUACCAGGCAAGUGUCCAACAGGGAGGAAGAAAUGCUGCCGAUCAAAAGAAGGAGGACUUUCGAAAGUAUCUGGAAAAGAAUGGAAUAACGGACGCUCUCACUAAAGUGUUGGUGGGUCUGUAUGAAGAACCAGAGAAACCUGAAAACCCUGUAGACUUCAUCAAACAAUUCUUGGGUGGACCUUCAAACGUCGAUGUAGAGGCCCUUAAACACGAGAAUGAAGAUCUACGACGAAAGGUCGAUGAAUUGCAAGCCCGAUUAGAUGAAGUCCUCAAGGCAUGUGCUCGUUUUGUCACGCCAGCGAUGCCUGAGGCAACUUCAGACGCUCCUGCUCAGUAA